GGGAGCGGGCGCAGCGAGCUGAGACAGACCGAGUGACAGCGCCUGAGUCCCGGGGAAGAAGCUCACGGAGCCUCCGUGAAAAAACGUGCCUGCAGCACAGUCAAGAUGCCGAACAAAACCAAGAAGGAGAAGGAAACAACCAAAGGUGCUAAAAGCAGCAUGAAGAACAGUACAAGCAGCGGCGGCGGUGGUAGCGGCGGCAGCGGGGGGAAAGAUGCUGCUGUUGCUGCGGAGAACUCAGACGAGUCCCAGCAGCAGCAGAGUGGCAGUAAGCGUCCCAGUAACAGCACGCCUCCGCCCACUCAGCUCAACAAGAUCAAAUACUCUGGAGGUCCUCAGCUGGUGAAGAAGGAGCGCCGCCAGAGUUCAUCUCGCUUCAGCCUGACCAAGAACAGAGAGCUGCAGAAACUACCUGCGCUCAAAGACUCGCCCCUGAUGGAGCGUGAGGAGCUGUUUGUGCAGAAGCUCCGUCAGUGCUGCGUCCUGUUUGACUUUGUCAGCGACCCGCUCAGUGACCUCAAGUACAAAGAGGUGAAGAGGGCGGGGCUCAACGAGAUGGUGGAGUACAUCACACACAACAGUGACGUGGUGACCGAGUGCAUCUACCCCGAGGCCGUCCUCAUGGUGAGGACAUGCACAGGCUCACACACUGAGGACAUGAUGACAAACUCAACUUUGUCUUCAUUUAAUCUGAUGGGGAACAAACACACAAACGUUAAAUGUGUGCUUGUGUCUAAACCCUCCUACAGACUUGUUUGGUACAAAUGGGACCAAUGCCUCAGGAGGGACCGACCUGUGAGUGGGGGCGGAGCUCUGACUGUAGACCGACCUGUGAGUGGGGGCGGAGCUCUGACUGUAGAUAGACCUGUGAGUGGGGGCGGAGCUCUGACUGUAGAUAGACCUGUGAUUGGGGGCGGAGCUCUGACCUCAGUGUUUGUGUUGAAGCUAUUGGAGCUGUUCGACAGUGAGGACCCCCGAGAGAGAGACUUCCUGAAGACCAUCUUACACCGCAUCUACGGCAAGUUCCUCGGCCUCCGCGCCUACAUCCGCCGCCAGAUCAACAACAUCUUCUACAGAUUUAUCUAUGAGACCGAACAUCACAAUGGCAUCGCUGAGCUGCUGGAGAUCCUGGGGAGCAUAAUCAACGGCUUCGCUCUCCCUCUGAAAGAAGAACACAAGAUGUUUCUGAUCCGAGUUCUGCUGCCGCUGCACAAAGUCAAGUCUCUCAGCGUCUACCACCCACAGCUGGCGUACUGUGUGGUCCAGUUCUUGGAGAAAGACAGCAGCCUGACGGAGCCGGUGAUCAUGGGUCUGCUGAAGUUCUGGCCAAAGACUCACAGUCCGAAGGAGGUGAUGUUCCUGAACGAGCUGGAGGAGAUCCUGGACGUCAUCGAGCCGUCAGAGUUCGUGAAAGUUCAGGAGCCACUCUUCAGACAGCUCGCCAAGUGUGUGUCCAGCCCACACUUUCAGGUGGCAGAGAGAGCUCUGUAUUACUGGAAUAACGAGUACAUCAUGAGUCUGAUCAGCGACAACGCCGCCAAGAUCCUCCCCAUCAUGUUCCCCGCCCUCUACAAGAACUCCAAGAGCCACUGGAACAAGUCCCUGGUGGACGUCACAGGGACUGCAGCUUUAGUUUCAGCUGUGAAAGACUCGGCAGGAACAGGAAGUACACCUGGACAACAGGAAGUACACCUGGACAACAGGAAGUACACCUGGACAACAGGGUACACCUGGACAACAGGAAGUACACCUGGACAACAGGAAAGCAAUAAGCUCCACCCCCUCCGCCCUGGGCUCCACCCACAGGAAGAGUACAUGUUGUACAGCGACAGCUCCGUGGCCGUGUACUCGAUGGAGACGGAGACUCCGACGGCUGAAGACAUCCAGCUGCUGAAGAAGACUGUGGAGAGCGAAGCCUCGCAGGGUCUGAAGGACCUGAAGAAGGACAAAGUCCUGAUGAGGAGGAAGUCGGAGCUGCCGCAGGACGUCUACACCAUCAAAGCUCUGGAGGCUCAUAAGAGAGCUGAGGAGUACCUGACAGCCAAUCAGGAAGCUCUCUGACCGGGGGGGCGGUCCCUUCUGAGCCUGACUCUCUCUGAUUGGAGGAAGCUGUGCUGGGGUCGGAUGAGGGCGGAGCUGACGCUGCGUUCAAAGAACAAAAACAACCGUCUGACCCCUGAUGGUCCAGAACAUGUAGGACACUGUGUAGACGUCCGUUCCGCGUCCUGUCUCAAACUGUGUCAUCUGUACCUGCAUCACAACGCCGCCAGGUGACUGCAACGCUGCCCUGGACACGCACAGACCGACAGUCCCUGAACGCAUCACCAACAGGACUUUUCCACAGCGGGAACUCGGCGAGCUGUGAAGGAACGCGUCGUCUCAGUUUCUGCUGCGGUUCCACCGUGUUCUGCCAGAACAACUUCACUGCUUUAAAUCUGAAACAUCUUUAUUUCUCCAGGUUUUUAUUUUCUCAAAUUCUCUGCAAUGCUCAAACGUUAAACUCCGUCUGAGUCCUCGGAACAUUUAAUCCCUUCAAUCAGCUGCUCUACUUUACGACUCUGAAAUGUAAAGAUACAGACUGUCAGACGAAUCAAGAUCAUAAUGAAACAAACACCAGUUUAACCCUCAGCAACAGAGACGUUCAGGUUACGUUGGUAUUUACAGAAACGCUGUUUAUUUCCUGUCCACAGUUUUUAUCCCGACCGAAUGCUGCCGAAAUAUUUUCUGUUAAAGACGUGACGUUUAUGUCUCCUCUGUUUCUGCUUUAAAUGAAUUCAUACUGACGUGUAAAAAAAAAAAAACCUAUCAGCUGCUUCCUGUCGCCUGCUCACUGUCGAAAGCCUGAAAUGUUCUGGUUUGUAAAACAGAGUUACGCAGCAGGACCCUGCUGGUUCAUACCGGUUCUGACUGGUUCUUACUGGUCUCAGGUUGUUGUGUUCCUGCUGUGGAAAAGAGCUCCGACACAUCACGUCUGUCCCAUGACACCUGAAGGCAGCACAGAUGAGUUCACUGACUCGCUCCAACAGCCGCUUCACUCCAGAGCCCCGCCCCCUUCACCUGACCCAACCAAUCACCUCUCAGCACGGACCUGUGGUGGACUCAUGACUGAAGCAGCUUCAGAUGGACUGUUGAUGGUGAUGAUGAUGAUGGUGGUGGUGACGAUGACGAAGAGACACAGUGAAUGUAGACGUCCAAUCAGCAUCCAGCUGGUCACCCGACAGAACAGACCUUUGAGUCCAACGUCAUUUAUUUGUUUUAUUUUAAUGUUCGUCGGUCGUACGGAGGAAAAGAAACGACUCAACUGUCAACACAGAAAAAAGUUUCAAAAAAUGCCAAAAUAAAUAAAUAAAUAAAAUUUUGAAAUAAAUAAAUAAAUAAAUCAAAGCUGAUCAUUAAACUGAACUGAAAUGAAACUCUUAAAUUAAUUUGAACAUUUUUGUAAAACUACACUUUUUUUUAAUAAAUUAUUUAUUUCAUUUCAUUUCAACAUUUUAUUUGUUUAUUCCUGUAAAUGUUUAUUUAUUGAUACUUGUGUCAUUUUUCGUCCUCCGUAGAUCCACGCUGUCAUGACGUCGUCGACUCUGAACCAAUGAGAGAAGUCGUUUGCUUGAGGAGGCGUUUUCUGUCAGAACGUCACGUGGGUGUUUUGUCGUCAGCGCUGAAAUACUUAAAGAACAAAAACUUGUUUGUGCUUGUGAGCAAAACGAGACGUUCAGGCGUUAUGGGACAUAAUGCCACUGAAGAAGCGUCUCAGUGUGAGUCGAAGCUUUCGACUGCGCAACAAAACCCAACAGUUUGUCUGAAUUUUAAGGUUCAGCGUUUGUUUCAGGACCUAAUGAGUCCGAACGCCGUCAAACAGGAUGCUCAACAACGUCACAUGAUAAAUACAAAUACAUCUCGCCAAAGUAAAAGCCUGGAUUUCGACUUGUUAAAGACACAUCUUUGCUGAUGAACGAGAUGAAGUUCAGUGAUUUUUAAACGUUAAAAAACAGAAAAGUUAAAAAUGCAUCAGCCGGUAAAAAAACCAACUCCUCCAGUUUCCCAUGAUCCUCUGCUGUCUCGGUUCUGUUUACAACACUGUCUGAGCUGUGUUCCAGUUUCACUGUUUCAUGCUGUCGCAUUCUGUGCCAUAAAAAAAAAAAGUUUGUAACAAAGAUAAUCAUUUCAAAUAGUUUUUUUUGUCUAAAAGUUACAGCGACUUUUAACGAGUGAAAAUAACCUGAGUAUUUCAGGGUCACGUGUCGUCGUCACACAAAGUUCGCUCGUUUUGUUAAACACUAACUGUGUUUCAAUUUCAGUUCAUGUCACAAACAGUUCGGUAAAAUUCCGGAUGAACAAAAAAUGAAUUUAAAAACGCAUUUUUGUCAACAACAGAAAACAGAAACUGUAAAACUGGUCGUUUUUUUUGUUUGUUUUUUUUUACAAAAACGCAACUGAUGUUUUUAAAGUGCUUUAAUUUUUCAAACUCAGAUGAUCUCCACAGUUUUCAUGAAAGUGCAUUUUUCCUGAAAGAAAAUAUUAACGUCACAGAGGUGAGUUUCUCCUGACGGAAAUACUUUUAACAGUCCGUAAAAAAAUUAAAGUGAACAUUCUGAAUGAAAACAUGAUAAUUGUUGUUAAAAUGCAUUUUUCCUUAUUGAAAAUAUUUGAUAAACAUUAAAGUACAUUAAUGUAGCUACAUUUGUUUCUGUCAAACACUCAAAACACACACACACACAAAAUUUUUACUGUGCGCUUUUGCUGAAAGAAAACUCUUAAUGGAAGCGCAUUUUCCUAAUUGAAAACAUUCAAUACCUUCGAUAAAGUGUUUUUAUUUUUCCUCAAAAACACGUGAAUGUUCGGAUGAGAACAUGCAAGAAUUGUUAAAAGUUAAUUUUUGUGACAAAAAUCGCGCAAGUUUGAGUGCACUUUGGUGACAGAAGACUGUUGAUAAAGCGCAUUUUUCCUCUUCCAAAAUGUGCGAUAAAUGUCAUUGAAAGUGCAUUUUCUGACAAAAAUAUAAAUGUAAUGAAUAAAAGUUUUAGAGUGCACUUUUGCUGACAGAAAACUGAGUGUCAAUAAAGCUCAUUUUUUCCUCAUUGAAAACAUUCAAUACCUUUGAUAAAUGUCAUCACAGUGCAUUUUUUGUCUGCACAAAAACACGUGAUAAAUGUCACUUAGUUUUAACUGACAGGAGUGCAUGAAAGUGCAUUUUUCCUUAUUAAAAAAAAAAAAUCACUUGAUCAAAGUGAAUGUUAGGAUGAGAAUGUGCAAUAAAUGACGUUUGAAGUGCAUUGUUUUGACGAACACAAUGAAUGUCAGUUUCUCCAACAGAAAUAUUCAGUAAAUAUUUUAGAGUGCACUGCUGCUGACAGAAAACUCAGUCUCAAUACAGUGCGUUUUUUGUCAAGUCAAGGUGCAUUUUUCUGACAAAAACACAAAAAAAAUUGACAGCAAUCGCGUGUUAAAAUUUAAAGUGCAUUUUUCCUACCAAAAACAAAAAGCGCAGCUAUUGUAUGUUCAGAUAUCCCGUUUCACAGCAUUAACGAAAGUUAAAAUAAUUCAUGUAUCUGCCUCGAGAUUUAGAUUCGCACCAAAAUGUAAUGGGUUCUUCCUCGGCCGUGUUUCACUCCUCCACGUUUUGUGAAAGUCACGCCUCAAACAAAUGAAACCGAAAAAACGGCAGAAAAUUAUUCGAUUGUCCCGUUAAAAAUGCGCUCACUACUGUUCAGUAGGUUUUUUAGCUCGUGUAUUACCUUUAAGAAACGCACCAGAGUGAACGAAAAGUUGUGACAAACUUUUUUCUGCAACAGGAUUUGUUUGAAAUUCACGUUUGCAUUUUGGGACAUUUUGCAGUUUGAUGACAGAGCGUUUAUUGAUGUGAGCGAGAAUGACAAAAUGUCCGUCCGUCUGUCUUUGUCUAAAAUAAUGAAGCUCGUCAUCACCUAAAGAGUGACGUGCUGUAUCCCACCUGAAGACGUGACGCGUCUCACCUGUUGCUGCAGAAACAUGAGAACAGUCAUGACUCUCUGAAUACCAUCAUGUGCAGUUACUGGUGGAUAUUGUCAUGUGUAUGGAUGCAUGGCCAUGCCCCCUCACAUACAGGCCACACCCCCUCUCUUACAGACCGUGACGUUUACAGCUCUUUUAUUUUUUUAUCUUACUUCCUGGUCGGCUGCUUUCCGUUAAGUCGCCGCACAUCGUCCUCCACUUGCCGUCGUGUGAUUUGCUGUCAGUCAAUCAACCAUUCCAGGGGUGGGUUAGCUCCGCCCACCUCUCUGUGCCGCCACUGGACAAAAUAGCCGCCACAGCUCCGAGUCCAAAGAGUUAAUGUGAGACGUUUUUAUACGCUUCCUGUGUACCUUGUGUGUAGUCUGGGGGGUUGUCCAGCAGGGGGCAGAGCAGGUGUGAGUCUGAGUGUCUUCAUUGAUCCUGUGAUCAUUGAACCGAUCGAUCAGCUGAUCAGUGUUAUUUCAAAGUUUGUCCAGCAGAGAGCGCUCACAACUCCACUUUGUAUCAGCACUUAUAAAUGAUAUAAAAAUAAAUCAUUGAUUAAUAUCAAUACUCUGAUCAAACAAACACAAAUAAAUAAAUAUAAAUAAACAAAUAAAAACAGACAAACUAAAGUUUAAACUUCAGUGACUUCUCUGACUGCACAGACUCUGAUUUUAUUUUUCUGGUUCUGUUUGACAUCAGUUUUUGUCUUUGUUGGGAUGUUUGACGACGACUGAGGCCGCAGAUGAUGAUGAUGAUGAUGAUGAUGAGAGAUGAAUGUCAGUUCACUGUUACUGACACAUUUAAUCCCCUGAAACAAACUCUAAAGAUCCGCUCUCUGACUCGUCGCAGGGUCCAAUCAGCUCUUUGAGAACCUUCAGAUUAUAAUAAAUACUUUGCAGAGAGGUUUAUUUUGUCUGGCGGCGGCGGCGGUGGCAGCGCAGUUCUUGAUAAACUGACUCCACGGUGAAACAUUUCAUGAAAGUAAGAAACCAUCACCACGAUCUGUGACACUAAAACGCGAGCGCUGCUUCCCGCCAUCCUGUACAUAUGUUGUACUUUAAUUAGAACAUGACAUGGUAUGAAAGUGAGAUUUUGUACAGACGUUCGUGUACAGAACAAAAUAAAAGGAAAUAAA